AUGCCGAGCCCGGGUGGUUACGCCUUCGUCCUCAACCCCACCAUCGUCGCUCAGCGCACAUGCAAGUUCUUCCGAGUCCUCAUCGACGACGGCAGCAGCAUCAACAUCCUCUACCGCGACACGAUGACCAAGCUCGGUCUCAAGGCCGAGGACCUGGAGCCAACCCGAACGAUCUUCCACGGCAUCAUACCCGGCCUCUCCAGCUCCCCCAUUGGCCGGGUCCGGCUAGAUGUCCUGUUCGGUGAUAGCGGCCACUUCCGGCCCAAACCGAUCUGGUUCGAGAUGAAGAUGCCGGGUCCCAAGGGCCUCAUCACCAUCGUCGGCGAUUACCGCAAGUCCCUGGAGUGCGCCUGA